UCUCUCUCUGUCUCUCUCUAUGAGAUAUCUUUAAGACGAACAUUAUUUCAUAGUGUCACAUGCAACAAUCGAAGAGGGAUCACGAAAGAAGAUAAUACUAUCAUUUGUACUUCUUCUUUGGAGAAUCUUCGAGAUGUGGAUCUUAGCAGUCGUUGCCCUAGCGUACUUUUCGUCGCUCGCGAAAGCGAUACCAAAUUAUUUCGGACUACCUCCUGGUCCAUAUUGUGCUGGAAGAUAUCCAGCAAGGAGAUGUUGUGAAGGACGACAGGAUGAUUGUAGUGCACCGAUAUUAUCGACGACAUGUUAUUGCGAUGACUUUUGUGAUCGAGACAGAGAAGAAGAUUGUUGUCCGGAUUAUUAUUUACAUUGCAAAGGCAUGUCCACGGAACCUCCACCGGAAGAGGUCAGACUUUGUUCCUACAAUGGAAGAUAUUACAAUUACAGUCAGAUUUUCAAAGUAAAUUGCAAUCAAUGUAAAUGUUCGACGGUAGGUAGAUACGCAGAAGUUCUUUGCGAGAAAAAUCGAUGCCUGAUCGAACCAGAUUUUCUAGAGGAACUUUAUAUGGAGAAUAAUGUAUUAGGUUGGCAGCCUGGAAAUUAUUCGAAAUUUUGGGGAAGGUCUUUACAAGAUGGAAUACAAUAUCGAUUGGGUACACUAAAUCCAUCGCAAUCGAUUUAUAAAAUGAAUCCAGUGAAACGGGUUUACGAUCCCGAAGCAUUACCACGUAGUUUCAAUGCUAAGUCACGCUGGUCUCGUGACAUAUCUGAAAUUCACGAUCAAGGAUGGUGCGGAGCUUCCUGGGCUAUAUCAACGGCCGACGUUGCAUCCGAUAGAUUUGCCAUCAUGAGCAAAGGUCUCGAAGCCGUAGAAUUAAGUGCACAGCAUCUUCUUUCGUGUAAUAAUCGAGGUCAGCGAGGUUGUAGCGGUGGUUACUUGGACCGUGCCUGGUUCUUCAUGAGAAGAUUCGGAUUAGUCGACAAGGAUUGUUAUCCUUGGACAGGUCAACAAGAUCAAUGUAGAUUACGAAAGAGAACAAAUCUGAAAACAGCCGGAUGUCGAAAUCCACCCAAUCCGCUUAGAAAGGAAUUAUAUAAAGUCGGGCCUGCUUAUCGUCUUGGUAAUGAGACCGAUAUAAUGCAGGAAAUCUUAACUUCCGGUCCUGUUCAAGCAACGAUGAAAGUCUAUCAGGAUUUCUUCAUUUAUCAAUCGGGUAUUUAUCGACAUUCUCGAACCGCGGAGAUGUAUGAGUCUGGAUAUCAUUCGGUGAGAAUCAUUGGUUGGGGUGAGGAUUAUCAUCGUGGAGCUUUGGUCAAAUAUUGGAUCGUAGCAAAUUCUUGGGGCUAUGACUGGGGUGAAAAAGGUCUCUUUAGAAUUCAAAGGGGUACGAACGAAUGUGAGAUCGAAUCUUAUGUACUAGGAGUUUGGGCUGAAACGUUAUAAUAUUAAUAGAGUAUAUAUACAUAUUUAUAUACGAAGAACAUUGUGACAUUUUUCACGAUCACUAAAUAAUAUCGGUGCAUUUAUCGAUUCUCCUGUCCUCAUUGUUUCGUCGAAUUUUAUAUUAAUAGAUAAUUGUUAAAUCGCGUUAAACGCAGAUACAAUAGCCAUUUGUUAAAUAUCUGAUUUGGUAUUUUUGUUAUUCCGUUUAAAUCAAUGCAAACCAAUGCAACAAAUUUAUAUUGCUACCAUAUAGUUUAAUGCUUAUGGUGAAAAUAUCAAAGUACAAGCACAAAUAAAAGUACAAGCGAAACACAAUAAAUAAUAUCAAUCAUAUAAGGAUGCGUUAAGAGAAAGAAAGAAAGAAAAGAAA